GUUUGACCAAUUCUUCCAUGACAAUGUUGGUUAGUGGUGACUAAGAAUUGGUCAUACUUGGGUGCAGCUCUUGACUUGGUAGUCUUUUCUCUUAGCCAUUUCAUAUAUUUGGAAGAAGAAGAAGAUGAGGGUAGGUUUAGCAAGAAUGGCUACCCUAUUGUCCCUUCAAAUUGCAGUGCUAAUAAAUUGCUUUGUUCUGAGUUUCACAGCAUCCAACAAAUGCAUUGAUGGAGAGAGACAUGCACUCCUCAAGUUUAAGGACAAUCUUUUGGACAAGAAUGACCUUCUCUCUUCUUGGGGAAAUCAAGAAGAAGAAGAAAUGGAUUGCUGCAAUUGGGAUGGAGUAGUGUGUGAUGAAACCACAGGUCAUGUCAUCAAGCUUGAUCUUUCUUCUUUAUAUCUUUCCACAAGAGGUAUGUACCCCAGCCCUCCUCCAUUAAUGGAGUUGCAUGAUUUGAAAAGCUUGGAUCUCAGUAACAACUUGUUGGUUGGCAACACCAUCUCAUCUUUGAUUGGGACCAACAAUUAUUCAAUGAAUCUUGAACAUCUUGAUCUUUCCAACACAACACUGGAAGGCGAAAUCCCGGCGUCCGUUUUUACUUUUCCCUCUUUGAAGUCCCUGAACCUUGGAUCAAACCGUCUACACGGGAGGCUGCAUCCCAGUAUUGGCCUACUCUUGCAACUUGAGAGUUUAGAUGUUUCAGCUAACUCUUUAGGAGGGGUCAUUUCGGAAGAUCAUUUCUUGAAGCUCUCCAAACUAAGGGACUUGGAUUUCUCUUCUAACAAUCUCACUUUCAAUGUGACCUCCAACUGGGUUCCUCCUUUUCAAUUGACAACAAUAUCCCUUAGUUCUUGCAAGUUGGGCCCUGGUUUCCCAAACUGGCUGAGAACUCAAGUCAAUUAUUCAGUGCUUGAUAUUUCCUAUGCUGGAAUUUCAGAUUCAAUCCCCUCCUGGUUCUGGAACAGAUCACAACCAAACAUGUUUCAUGUCUUGAAUGCUUCUAACAACCAACUAAGGGGAAGACUUGAAAACAUUUCAAUGUCGAACAUCCCUUAUAUGGAAGUAGAUUUCAGUUUCAACCAACUGGAAGGUCCCAUUCCGGCAUCUUUCUUCAAUGUGUCCGCACUGCACCUUUCCAAGAACAAGUUCACAGAACUCGAAGAUAUAUGUGACCUUAAGGGUCGAGCUUGUUUGGUGUUUAUGGAUAUCUCAUUCAAUCAACUUUCGGGUACACUUCCGGAUUGUUGGUCUAGUUUCAACAGUUUGGCAGUUCUCAACUUGGCUCAUAACUAUCAUCUGUCGGGGAUACUUCCUACGUCCAUUGGCUCAUUGCUGUCACUCAAGGCGCUGCAUCUUGGCAACAACGAUUUUAUCGGUGGACUGCCUUCGUCCUUGAAGAACUGCUCAGAAUUGGUAGCUAUAGAUGUGGGCCACAAUAAUUUUUCAGGACCCAUACCGAGUUGGAUAGGUGAAAAUCUAGCAAACCUUGCUAUACUUGUCCUAAGAUCCAAUCACUUCAAUGGAAGCAUACCUUCAAGAGUUUGUAGUCUCCAAUCUCUUCAACUGUUGGACUUGUCCAUGAACCGUGUCUCAGGAAGUCUUCCCAAGUGCAUUGUGAUAUCACAACGCUUGUCGGGUAAAGUCCCAAAAGGCACUCAACUUCAGAGCUUUGAUGCAAGUGCAUACAUGGGGAAUCCCGGGCUUUGCGGAGAUCCACUCCCUAAACACUGUCCAGGAGAAGAACAAACCCGUCUUCCUCUUCCUCCUGGAUUCGAUGAUGAAGAAGAAGACACAGAUAAGCUUAUCGGCAAUGGGUUUUACGCAAGCAUGGGCGUUGGAUAUGCAGUUGGAUUUUUAGUUUUUUUUGGGACAACACUCUUCAACAGGUCAUGUAGGUUUGCAUAUACCCAACUCUUGGACGAUUUUGCAAGCUGGACUUGUGUUGUGGCUACCAUAUACAAGGCCAAGGUCGUCAACGCACUUGGAUGUUAACCAAGAGCUUGUAAUGCCAAGGCAAAUAAAGACCAGGAAAGAGA